UUGUUAGCUCGACACGAGCCGGUCGAAGGAAUAUUUAAGAAAUAACAGUGCCGGCAACUCACACAACCCAGCAACAGUAGCAGCAGCAUUUUUGUACGUCACUUUAUUUCGCCGAGUUUCGUUUUGCCCACAGACACGCACGUGGAGGAGUGCUUACACAAAAAGUUUAAAGCCAAAACUCGACCAUGGGAGACGCUACUGCCUUUUCGUCCAUGGACGAGUUUUGCGGCUCCACAUUCUGGGAUGCAAAUGAGACGUGGUGGACAACCGAUCCAGAUUUUACACCCUGUUUCGAGCAAACAGUUCUAGUUUGGGCACCCUGUGCCUUCUUUUGGCUAUUUAUGCUAUUCGACUUUUGGUAUUUGAAGGCCAGCUUGGAUAAGAACAUACCAUGGAACAGAUUGAACAUUAGCAAACUGCUCGUAAAUGUGGGUCUCCUGGUGGUCACCGCCUUGGAUCUGAUCAUGUCGUUUGUCAAGAAGGGCGGCGACUCCGAACUGCCGCUCUAUGGCGUGGACAUUUGGACGCCCAUCAUAAAAUUGCUCACCUUCCUGAUGGUACUGAUGUUCAUACCGCUGAAUCGCAAGUAUGGCGUUCAGACAUCUGGUUGCCAGUUCAUGUUCUGGUUUCUAUUGACUAUAUUCUCCAUACCACGGUGUCGGACCGAGGCGCGCUUGCAUCAGGAGCGCGGUCAGAUUAUUGGCUCGCAACAGGCGGAGCCGCACGAUUUCACCUGGGAGACAUAUCAGUUUGCCAGCUUCUUUAUAUUCUUUGCCUUUACCUGCCUGAUGCUAAUCCUCAACUGUUUUGCCGACCAGCUGCCCAGGCAGACCAAGUACUAUCGCGGACCCAAAGAGAUACCCGAGCUGUCGGCCAGUUUUCUGUCGCGCAUCACGUACAGUUGGUUCGAUCGGAUGGCCUUGAAGGGCUAUCGCAAUCCGCUCGAGGAGAAGGAUCUGUGGGAUUUACGGCCGCAGGAUAGCUGCAAGGAGGUAAUGCCCACCUUUGCGCAUUAUUGGAACAAGAAUGUGCGCAAGAACUACAAACGCGCUAGCGGCGGUCAGGAGCCGAAGGCACAGUUCAGCAAUGGCAAGGUCUCGUUUGAGAAUCCUCAGAGCAAUGGCCGCAAGAAGGGCAUGGCCAGCAUUAUGCCGCCCAUUUACAGAUCAUUUGGUGGCAUUUUCCUAUUCGGCUCGUUCUUCAAGCUGAUCACCGAUAUUCUGACCUUUGCCCAGCCGCAAGUGCUCAGCCUGAUCAUUGGCUAUGUGGAGGACUUUGCCAAGGUGCCGCAGCCGGAAUGGAAGGGCAUCAUGUAUUCGAUACUAUUGUUUGUGCUGGCCAGCGCACAGACCUUUAUACUCGCUCAGUAUUUCCAUCGCAUGUUCAUUGUGGGCCUGCGCAUCCGGACAGCGCUGAUCAACUGCAUCUAUCGCAAGGCGCUGCGCAUUUCGAACGCCGCCCGCAAAGCGUCCACAGUCGGUGAAAUUGUCAAUCUGAUGGCCGUGGAUGCGCAACGUUUCAUGGACCUGACCACCUAUCUAAACAUGUUGUGGUCCGCACCGCUGCAAAUCGCGCUGGCCCUCUACUUCCUCUGGCAGCAGCUGGGUCCCUCCGUGCUGGCCGGUCUCGCCGUGAUGAUCAUCAUGAUACCGCUCAAUGGCUUCAUUGCCAGCCGCAUCAAGACCUAUCAGAUACGCCAAAUGAAGUACAAGGACGAGCGUGUCAAGCUCAUGAAUGAAGUCCUCAGUGGCAUUAAGGUGCUUAAAUUGUACGCAUGGGAGCCCAGUUUCGAGAAGCAGGUGCUGGAUAUACGUGACAAGGAAAUAGCCACACUGCGUGCGACCGCCUACUUGAAUGCCAGCACAUCCUUCCUCUGGUCGUGUGCGCCGUUUUUGGUAUCCUUGGUGACAUUUGCCACUUACCUGUUGUCCAACGAGGCGAAUCAGCUGAGCGUCGGGAAGGUCCUUGUCAGUCUCGCACUGUUCGAUAUCAUGAAACUGCCGUUGACCAUAAUACCCAUGCUGACGGUUGACAUAGCCGAGACGCAAGUUUCUGUUCAACGCAUAAACAAAUUCCUGAACAGUGAAGAGCUGGACCCCAACAAUGUGCAGCAUGAUACCUCGAAACCGCAUCCCAUGAGCAUUGAGAAUGGCCACUUCUCGUGGGGCGAUGAGGACGAGAUGACGCUCAAGAAUAUAAACAUGCAGGUGCCGAAAAAUAAUCUGGUUGCCAUUGUUGGCACCGUCGGUUCCGGUAAGUCCUCGGUGAUUCAAGCAUUCCUUGGCGAAAUGGAGAAAAUCUCGGGCACGGUCAACACGGUCGGCAAAAUGGCGUAUGUGCCGCAACAGGCCUGGAUCCAGAACGCGACCGUGCGAGAUAAUAUAUUGUUCGGCAAGCCGUACGAUCGCAAGCGUUAUAAUAAGGUGAUCGACGCCUGCGCCCUGCGCACCGACAUUGAGAUACUCUCUGCCGGCGAUCUGACCGAAAUCGGCGAGAAGGGCAUCAAUUUGUCCGGCGGCCAAAAGCAGCGCAUCUCGUUGGCGCGCGCCGUUUAUCACGAUGCAGACCUGUAUCUGCUGGACGAUCCGCUGAGCGCGGUCGACGCGCAUGUGGGCAAACACAUCUUCGAGGAGGUGAUCGGUCCGAAGGGCAUGCUGGCCAAAAAGACACGUGUCCUGGUCACCCACGGCAUCACGUUCCUGCCCCAGACCGAUAAGAUUUAUGUAAUGAAAAUGGGCGAGAUUAGCGAGAAUGGCACGUACGCUGAGCUGCUGAAGAACAGGGGCGCCUUUGCCGACUUCCUGAUGCAGCAUCUGCAGGAGGGCGAGGAGGAGGAAGAGGAACUGAAUCAAAUCAAACGUCAGCUAUCGCAAACCGAUCCCGCUCUGGUGGCGCCCUUCGAGAAGGCCAUUCUCCUGGCGCGCACCGAAAGCCUCUCGGACUCGAUCUCUGUCACA